UGUGUUUACAUCGAGGAAAGACACGAGAGCAAGCUUAGAGCAUGAAGGCUUUAUCUUCACCAGAGCAUCACCAAAGGAAUAUGAGAAGGGUGUCUAAACCGGUGAUGGAGAAACGCAGACGUGAGCGGAUCAACCAAAGUCUGGAGACUCUGAGACUGUUGAUGCUGGAGAGCACAAACGAUGAGAAGCUCAAUAAUCCAAAGGUGGAGAAGGCAGAGAUCCUGGAGAGUGUGGUACAAUUCCUAAAGACAGACAAGGACGUGAAGAGGGGUCACCGCGCCAUAAAUAAAGUCCUGUCCAGAGAUCAGAGACCGACCACUGCCCGCCGACAGAACUACAGUAACGGCAUGAGGUCCUGUCUGCUGAGGGUCAGCCACUUCAUAACCAGCAAGAGGGACUCGGGAGAAACCGAUAAGGGUGCAGUUCCAGCGUCUUUUGCGCAUCCCGAGCCCCGGACCCAUCACCCAUCUUCUGGACAAAUCCACUGUGCUUUAUCGCCCACUCCCGAUCCGGCUGCUCGGUCUCCCCUCCAUCACCGGGCCACCGGCUUUUCUCAUCCAAACCAGACCCCCAUGACUGGUCUCCACUCUGACACCAAGCUGCUUUCCCCCACGGCAGCCUCCACGCACGAUCCUGUGUGGAGGCCCUGGCCUCAGUGACAGACACUUUGACAUAGAUUUUAUAUGAAGUUUGUGUAGCAGAUGCUGACCGACUUUGUAAAUAUGUGUUUAUGUUGUACAGCUUGAGAUCUUUUGUACAGUAAAGAUAUUUUACCGACAGAUUAGAUUUCAUUCAAAUCUGGGAUAGGUGAUUUAUGUUUGCGCCACGCACGCAUCACUUUUUUUUUUACCAAAGUUUUUUUUAGAUGUAAAUAUGUUUUAUAUUUUUUACUGCGACAUAUCUGCAGAUGAAUGAUAUUUUUUGAACACACGUGAACACAUUUGGUGUUGCGUAAU